AUAUGGGACGACUGCUGCUCAUCAGUAAUUGCAUCGUCUUUGAUCCACAGCAGCAUUGUCAAACACAGUGUGGCCUUUAAUUUAGAGUUUGAUGGGUUUUAUGGAAACCACGCAGAGGUGAACCUCAUAAACCGAGAGCGGCGACUCAACAACUCUCUGGGUUUUGUAGAUUGGGAGCCGGAGCAGCGUCUACUCGCCAGAGAGCAGCGUGAGGAAGACGGGCUCUUACAUCUAUGAAGAGUUCAUGCCAACAGAUGGCACAGAUGUUAAGGUGUACACGGUGGGACCGGACUAUGCUCAUGCCGAGGCCCGAAAGUCUCCUGCUUUGGACGGGAAGGUGGAGAGAGACAGCGAGGGCAAGGAGGUUCGUUACCCCGUCAUGCUGUCAGCCAUGGAAAAACUGGUGGCUCGUAAGGUCUGCCUGGCAUUCAAGCAAACAGUGUGCGGCUUCGACCUUCUGCGGGCCAAUGGACACUCCUACGUGUGCGAUGUCAACGGUUUCAGUUUUGUGAAGAACUCGAUGAAGUACUACGAUGACUGUGCCAAGAUCCUCGGGAAUAUUGUGAUGCGUGAACUGGCUCCGCAGUUUCAGAUUCCUUGGUCUAUCCCUACUGAGGCUGAAGACAUCCCCAUUGUUCCCACCACUUCAGGGACCAUGAUGGAACUUCGCUGUGUCAUCGCCGUCAUCCGACACGGAGACAGAACGCCCAAACAGAAAAUGAAGAUGGAAGUUCGCAACCCAAUGUUCUUUGAUCUGUUUGAGAAAUAUGGAGGAUACAAAACUGGGAAAUUAAAGCUCAAAAAACCAAAACAACUGCAGGAGGUGCUGGACAUCACCCGGCAGCUGUUAGCAGAGAUCGGGCAGCAGAACGACUGUGAGAUAGAAGAGAAGAAGUCCAAACUGGAGCAGCUGAAGACGGUUCUGGAGAUGUACGGUCACUUCUCGGGGAUCAACAGAAAAGUGCAGCUUACUUACCUGCCCCAUGGGCAGCCCAAGACCUCGAGUGAAGAGGAAGACACUCGUAAGGAAGGGCCAUCGCUGCUGCUGGUGCUGAAGUGGGGGGGGGAGCUGACCCCCGCUGGCAGAGUGCAGGCUGAAGAACUGGGGAGAGCCUUCCGCUGUAUGUACCCCGGAGGACAAGGGGACUAUGCUGGAUUUCCAGGCUGCGGGUUACUGCGCCUACACAGCACCUACAGACACGACCUGAAGAUAUAUGCGUCUGAUGAAGGCAGGGUGCAGAUGACAGCUGCUGCUUUUGCAAAGGGUUUGCUGGCCCUGGAGGGCGAGCUGACUCCCAUCCUGGUGCAGAUGGUGAAGAGCGCCAACAUGAACGGGUUGCUGGACAACGACAGCGACUCGCUGAGCAGCUGCCAGCACCGUGUCAAAGCCCGGCUACAUGAAAUCCUGCAGAAGGACAGAGACUUCACCGACGAGGACUACGACAGGCUAGCACCAACCUGUAGCGCCUCUUUGGUGAAUUCAAUGAAGAUCGUUAAGAACCCAGUGGCCACAUGUGAUGAGGUUUACGCCCUCAUUCAGAGCCUCACCUCCCAGAUCCGCAAAAGGAUGGAAGACCCCAAGUCUGCAGACCUGCAGCUGUACCACAGCGAGACCCUGGAGCUGAUGUUGCAGCGCUGGUCCAAGCUAGAGAGAGACUUCCGCAUGAAGAACGGCCGCUACGACAUCAGUAAAAUCCCCGACAUUUACGACUGCGUCAAGUACGACGUCAUCCACAACGCCACCCUCGGCCUCGAGGACACCCUGGAACUGUUCAGACUGUCUCGAGCUCUGGCUGACAUCGUCAUCCCACAGGAAUAUGGCAUAAACAGAGUGGAGAAACUGGACAUAGCAUACGCCUACUGCCUCCCACUGGUCAGAAAGAUCCAGCUUGACCUGCAGAGGACUCACGAGGACGAGUCUGUCAACAAGCUGCACCCUCUGUACUCUCGAGGGGUGAUGUCUCCUGGACGACACGUCAGGACCCGUCUGUAUUUCACCAGUGAGAGCCACGUCCACUCCCUGCUCAGCAUUUUCCGCUACGGGGGCUUGCUUGAUGAGGAGAACGACCAGCAGUGGAAGCGUGCCAUGGAUUACCUCAGUGCUGUCUCCGAGCUCAACUACAUGACUCAGAUUGUCAUCAUGUUGUAUGAGGACAACAAUAAGGACAUCUCCUCUGAGGAGCGCUUCCAUGUGGAGCUUCACUUCAGCCCCGGGGUGAAAGGUGUUGAAGAGGAGGAGAACGCUCCCACCGGCUUUGGCUUCAGGCCCGCCUCUGCAGAGGUAGCACGGCAGAACGGGCAAAAACAACCCGACCCCAGCAGCCUGGAGGACCUGUCACGGGAUGAAACCGACCGGGCUGUGCCGCUGUCUGAGCCAAUCACCAUUCAGAGGAAGUCCCCACUUAUUCGCAACCAUAAGACUGGAUCCAUGGAGGUCCUGUCAGAAACGUCCUCCUCCAAAGUCGGCAGUUACCGCCUCUUCUCGCUCUGCUCUCGUCAGUCCCCGGAGAUGAAACAAAGCGGAUUAGGCUCUCAGUGCGCUGGGCUCUUCAGCACCACUGUCCUGGGUGGGUCCUCUAGCGCCCCCAACCUGCAGGACUACGCACGCGCGCACCGCAAAAAAUUCUCCACCAGCAGUCUGUCCUACAAAGACGAGUUGUUGUCUAUGCCGGCAGUAAAACGAUUUUCUGUGUCGUUUGCAAAGCAUCCGACUAAUGGAACACAAGAUGACACCUCCACCGUUGCAGUGGCCCCAUCACCCUGGUGCACUGCGGCAGAGCCCCUGGAGGAGCACCACGUGGCCCAGUUGUUGAGGCGUUUCUCCACCGACCUCAGCCUGGGCUGCCACCUCUCUCUGGACCGGGCACUGGCCCACCACCUCCACCAGUGCUCCUACCACCUCCGCCUCUUCCGAAACUGGCUCAUCUCCGGCCACGAUCCCCUAGAGUACCUCCACGGCUUUGAAGGAUGCUCCAUGGUGCCCUCCAUCUAUCCUCUGGAGACGCUGCACAACUCGCUGUCUCUGAAACAGGUUAGCGAGUUCCUCACGAGCGUGUGCCAGAACGCGGGGGAUCCACACACUAGGACCACCAGAGCUCUGUCAGCCAUGUUUGGCGCACACAGCCAGCCAUCAGUAGACUCGUACAUCCCUCAAAGAGUCCUCUCUUCCUCCAUCUCGCUCAGAUCUCGUUCUGACAGACCUCCUUGGUACAGCAGCGGUCCAUCCAGUACCGUAUCCAGCGCUGGGCCCUCCUCUCCCACCACGGCUGACACCUCCCCGAGGUUCAGCUUCAGCGAUAAGAUCUCCCUGACUCCUCAGAGCAGCGAGGAAACCCACUCAUCUCAAAACCUUUCUGCUCAGCUUGCACCUGCGGUUGCCUCACCAGCCCACGAAUCAACCGACUCUGCUGUUCCAAACCUCACCGAAGUCCCUUUGACUCCAAAUAACUCACCAGAAGAUGAUCCGGAGCCGUGUGCAGUCACCGACCAGAAGCCCGACAACCCUGCGCCGCUGCUGGAAGUGGAAGAGGGGCCUUCGUUAGCUGCCGAUCCCUCAGAUCCCACCAGCCUCAGGCCUCCAUGCUCGGCUUUAGCUGAACUCUCUCUGGGUCGGAUGGAGGGUUACUGCCUCCCGGGCUCCCUGCCUGUGCUGCUGGAGCUGAGAGAGAGCAGCAGUGAGGCAGGCUCCAGCUCCCAGACACCCCAGUCCCCAGAGGGGCCUGACGAAUUCUUUGACACCCAUGAGUCCAUGGAGUUGUGGACAGACAGUCCAGAAAGCCUCCCACAUCAAGAGACGCCCCUGGAGGCUGGACGCACUAACACGGGCGAGCCGUAGAGCAACACUGGGGCAACUGCUGUGGUUCUAGCAUUCAUCAUUAAUAUGAACAGCGUAGUAUUGUACUGAGCUACAACUAUCCAAGCCUUCCCUUUUCUCUCUUGUGACUCUGAUGAGUGAUCUCGGGCAGCUCUGUGUUGGAGAAUCAGAUGACAGAGCUCACAUGCUGUUCAUCGCCUGCUCGGUCCUCUGGUUCAGUCCAUCCACGUGUGAAGAUGGGACAGCUUGGGAGAAGGUCAAGCUAAAUAGAAAAGCUUUUUGUUACUGUCACCUGUACGCUGUUAUAAAUGCCUUUCUUUGAAUGAUUGUAGACACGCGGUGGGGAUGAGUCUUAAAUGUGCUAUUAGGCUCAAAGCUUGAGCUAAAUGAGGCUGAAAAGCUGCAGAAAAUUGUCCAAGAUGAUUUUCUUUUUUCCUUGAUUUAUUGUGACCAUAAAGUUACUGAUUAAUGGAGCUUUAAACUGUGUUACGUGUGCUGGAUGUAUAUCUACUUUCACAGUACCAGCUUUCAGGGCAUGUUGAUGUGGCUAAUGAUCGCUAGCGAGCUUUCUGUUUGUUCCUCAGUACAGGAACUGAAAGAUCAAACGCAGACUCUGAAAAAUACAAUCAGCAAAUCUUCUGCUUUUCGUCAGUCUGCAGCGUCCCUCCGGUGCCAGGCGUCCGUGGCACUGCAUGUUUGAUUUUUAAAGAAGCUGAAGCUGAGUGGAAGUGUUCAGUCUCCGGGUCAAACCGUGUGUGCACUGCUUACUGCCAAAGUCCUCAAGCCUCAUUACAGAGUUAAUAUAAUCAGUAGGAAAUGAUAGAGGAAAUAUUUAUUUUGAAACGGCAUCUAAAAACAAAAGUCUGUAUUUUUAAUACCCACACAUCGGAUAUGGAAUUGUACCACAGCUAAUGUGUAUAUUUGUGUUUUUGUAAAGUCACGACGUGAUGCAGCAAGGAUCCGAAAGCUAAUCUUUUAUGUCAUCACUGAACAAACGGGAGGGGCAUUUUACAUUCGGUGUGCUUUUUAAUGUGGCGACCAGUUAUGUAGCAGCCGUGUGCGUGGAGGCGGGCACACGCGCUUGAUUCAGGUAGUCGAGGACGCUGACGUGCAAUUCCGCAUUCAGUCAGUCUGGUUUCAUGUUACAUCACAAAGUACUGCAGGUGAAAACCAUGACUGUGAGUUUGGGAAACUCUGACCUGUCUGUGUGUGCAGAAUAAAAAAACCUGACACCAGUGU